UUUCUUCUUCGUCUUCUCCUUGUUCUUCGUUGUCAGAGGCAGAGGACACUCUCUGUCCUUCUCGGACUCGAUCUCGAACUCCAUAGCCAUCCCUUUCCUUCCACCAGAUGGCUCAACAUUCUUCCUCCUCUUCCCUUUCCCCUUCCCAAUCCGAUCCAUCUCUAUCUCGCAACUCUUCUCUCAGUCGUCUCAACGCGCAGGCUCCUGAGUUCGUUCCCACUCGCCCAUCCUCUCGUUCCGAUCUACAACAGCCGCCGCACUCCGCCGCUGGCCCUGCUCCUCCUCCGCCCAAGCAAUCGCCUCGGAUUCUGAUCCCUUCUCCUCCGCCUCCUCCGCCGGCUAUGAUGCAUGUUUAUCCUCCCCCUCCCCCGGGAUCUCCCUUCCAUGUUCCCAUUCAGAGCCCUGUCCCUGUCCCCACUCAUGUGGUUUCUCUUCAGAAUCAUCACUAUCAUCGUCAUCAUCGUCACCACCAUCAUUCCCAUCAUGUUCCUGUGCUUUAUCACCCUCAUAAUCCUCAGUAUUAUGCCGACAAUGGCGGAUUUCAUGACCCGGACACGGUCGUGCAGCAAGCUCAGAAGCCUCAGGUUGAGACUGAUUAUGCUGCUCCAUCUAGAAGUAAACUCGCUGAGGACGUUUCUUUAAAGCUUUUGAAUCAGGUGGAAUAUUAUUUCAGUGAUUUAAAUUUGACAACAACUGAUCAUUUGAUGAGGUUCAUCAAUAAAGAUCCCGAUGGAUAUGUGCCCAUAUCGGUUGUUGCAUCAUUCAAGAAGAUUAAGGCUCUCAUCAAUAGUCACUCUCAGCUAGCCAAUAUUUUACGGAACUCUUCUAAGCUUAUGGUUAGUGAAGAUGGAAAGAAAGUCAAACGUAAGCAACCACUUUCUGAGUCAGAUAUGGAGGAGCUGCAAUCUCGCAUAGUAAUUGCGGAGAACUUACCUGAGGAUCAUUGCCACCAAAACCUCAUGAAGAUAUUUUCUGCUGUUGGGAGUGUUAAGAAUAUUCGAACUUGUCAACCUCAAAUCUCAGAUAGUGGAGCUUCCUCAACAGCUAAAUCAGCAAAAGCUGAUGGAAUGCAUUACAGUAGCAAGUUGCAUGCAUUCGUGGAAUAUGAAUCAGUGGAGCUGGCGGAGAAGGCUGUUGCAGAAUUAAAUGAUGAAGGGAAUUGGAGAAAUGCACUCAGGCUUCGUUUGAUGCUUUCAUGCCCGUCAAAAUCUGCUCUAUCUCGUGGAAAGAAGGGACAUAGUGGUGAGAUGAACUGCAAAGAUGAUGAAACCUCUGAACAACCACGUAUUGAGAAGCAUGUAGACGAUCUUUCUGAUCAAGUUGACAUUCAUCUGCAUGAACAACGAGAGGAGCAGGGAAAUGAGAAGGAUGGCGGUGGGCAGAGAAGAGUUCGUAAUAGGGUACGGGGUAAAGGACGUGGUCGAUCACAGUACCACCAUAAUCACAAUAACAACCAUGGGAACCAUGUGGGAACUCCACCUUUGAGUAGUUCUACCACCACCAUGGAGCUGGCAGGCACAAUGAAGCAGCAGCAGCAGCAGCAGCCUCCGGGGCCGAGAAUGCCAGACGGGACGAGAGGAUUCGCGAUGGGGCGGGGGAAGGCGGUGAGUGUGAGUGUGAAUAUGGUAUGAAAACCAAAGUACUUGAAGGGAAUGAAGGGAAUGUAUGGGUAAAAGAAACGAGUAUGGUGAGGAUGGAAGGUGUUGAAUGAAUAGAAUGGUGUUUUGAUGGCGGGGUUUUUAGUAGGGCUGUCAAAAACCAUUGGUAAAAUUACAGUGAAAGAGUUAAGAGUUGUAGUUUUUAAUGUAUUUGGAAGAGAAGGUCGGUGUGGACCCGCUCCCCCGCUUUCUAAUCUCCUCCUCUUUUCCCUUGCUUAGGGGAAUUCAUAUUAUUAUUAUUAAAGUAAUAUGUGGAAGGAAACCAAUGGGGAAGUUGGCAACACUUCUCACUAAUACGCACUUGGCUACUCAAUUUGCCUUGUAUAAUCCAAACCUCCUCAUUGUGUUUCUA